GCAACACGUUCCGAAGCGAUACUCACAUUUGGAAGGCUGCCUCGCGAGAGACAGGUUGAUCUGCCGGAAACAUGGGGUUCGCCAGAAACUACCUCGUAAGCCUGCUCCUCUACGUCUCCAUUGUCAACGAGAUUCGUCAACCAGCGGUGACGUGCCAGGACGAAGAGAGCAGUCACUGCAUACCAAAGAAGAUCUUCGUGGCGUUGCUACGCUUACCGGAGGUCAGCUCAAAUCUAGCCGCCUAUUCGAGGACAGCGAGGAUCAUUCAGGAAACGAAAAACCGCAACGACAUGGUUCACCUGAAAGCUCUCAGCUCGGAGGAGAGCGACGACGCCGAGAUUUGUAUCCCAAGCGGGGUUUAUCUGGAGCUCUUCAGGGAUCCGGCCUUGCGAGGACACCUGAGCGUGAUGGCUCGUACUCACAAGCUGCCUGAAUUCCCGGGACGCCUCUUGGACGACAGCGAGGAGAUCGAGCCGAGGGACGUGAUUUCUGAAUUGGAGAAACGUAGCCUCGCUACGUUGGCCAAGAACGACGACCUGCCUGUUACUAUCCAGGAACGCCGGAGUGACCGCGAUGACGAGGAGAAACGGUCCCAUUUCAGCGACAAUCGGGGCGCUCUGAUAAGCGCACUACUAGCCGAGGAGUACCGCCGACGAGUACCCGAGUACUACGACUUCCUGUCUGAGUUGGACCCGGAGGUGGACGAGUACACGCUCGACAAGCGCAACGUGGGCUCCUUGGCGCGGGACUUCGCCUUGCCUACGGGUCGACGUCACAUCGCUUCGGUGGCGCGCGAUUACGGUUUGCCGAGCGGCAAGAGAAACAUCGGCGCCUUGGCCAGGCAGAGCAUGCUGCCACUGAACGGUAAGAGAAACGUCGCCUCUCUGGCGAGAUAUUACAUGCUGCCGCAGGCCGACAAGAGGAACGUGGCCGCCUUGGCCAGGGAGUCGUCCUUGCCUUACGGCAAGCGUUAUCUCGGCUCGCUGGCUCGAAGCGGCGGCUACCCGGUCUACGGAUACGACGACGGCAAGAGGAGCGUCGCCUCCUUGGCCAGAAACGCCGAUUGGCCGGCUUUCGCGAAGCGAGGUCGCUCGACACCGGGUAGAAUAAUGGCUACGAUGCGAGUGCUCAAUCGCCACGGGAGAUCCUUGAACGACGAUCGCGAGGCGCGAAAUAACGAGCCGUUGGACCUGCAGCAACUCAUCAGGCAGGGCCACCACGGCGACGAGGAGGCGAAGGAGGACGUUGCCGAGUGGCAGACCACUCCCUUCAGUGUGCUGGACGAGCUGGAAGACACCAAGGCGAAGAACAGGUCCAACAGGAAAAUGGACGUCGCGUCGCAAACGAGACACAAAAGGCAGAUCGAUUUCUCUGACGAGUAUCCGUUGCCCGUCGUGCAAAACGCCAACGUAUUCGACUACGAGGACAUGAUCGACGCGUUCGCUGAUCAUUACCCGAACGCAGAGAAGAGGUUCAUGGGUUCCGUGCCGGAGAUGCCGGCCGACUCGGGCUACCCGGAAGUUUUGCGAACGAGUAAGAGGCAUAUCGGGGCCCUCGCGCGCCUCGGCUGGCUCCCGUCGUUCCGUGCACCACGAUUCUCUCGGUCACCGCGAUAUCUGGUCGGAAGGGAGAAUCCCGCAGAUGGGUCCACGUCCCACUACACCUCCGACACGUCGACACGGUCGCUAAGGCCGUUAUUCACCCCGAAAACUCGCUACUUGCAGUCCUUACACGGAGAUUGUCGACACGGCUUCAAGAGGUUCCUGCUGUUACCGGACGUUGAUGACUUUCUUCGGCCGAAUUCCCGCAUCGCGCCCCGUUCCAUGUAAAGUUCUCGUUUCACUAGUUCAUCUAGGCGACAUCGUCGUUUAAGUAUAUAUCAUAUCGGGGUCACGCGUGUGUGUGUGUACCCGAAUUGAGAGGACGAGGGGAAAGCAAGCAUGUACGAUUAAACGACUGUAAAUAUCCGGAUCCUGAGGCCGACGUCCUUCCUCACUCAUUAUCGACGGUGGAUAUCGAAUUUGUCGAAUAUUUUUAUCUGGAUCACAAUCGAAUGCUGGAAUAAAAUCGAAAAGAAGAUGUAUUAUACGUUGAUUUAGUCGGCUUUACAAAAUACCGAACAAAUUCAAAGGACACGCGCAUAAUACAGAAGUGGGGAAGAACGUUGUAUACCUCGCCGGAUAAUCCUUAUAUUCGCAGAGGGUUGAUCUGCUCGCAGGAUCCGUCGAUGGACAAUAAACUUACUUUUCGCUGACAAUAAUCUUACGUAAUCCUAAUGUGAAGCCUUAAGUGUGCCGUCUGUAUUGAGCAGAGAGCGAUUUAAAUUCUCAUGCAGAAAGAGUCUAAAGUAAAUUCUAUUUCGCGAGGCAGUUUUUCCUCGUUCGAGAAUCGCGUUACCGCGCGAUUCAAUUUUCUCGAAUAUGUGUUGUGUAAGAAAAUCCGUCUCGUCGGUUAUUGCCACGGAUUUUUCGAAAUGCACGUUCUCUCAAUAUUUAUAUCUUAAUAUUUCUCUUAAUAUCGAUGUGCAGCAAAUGUUAUUCCCAUGCCACGAGAACUCAAUCGUUAGCGUGUACGUGAGCGAAAUUGACGAAGCCAAGAAAUAAUCUCCAUCAGUAGAGAUGGGCGAUGUAUAUGUAUACCGACAAAACAAUGUUUGUUUCUUUGUUAUUUCCUUAUAAUUUUUAAAUUUAAUCACAUCUUAUCUUGUUGGGUUGUCUUUUUUUCUUU